UAUACACAGCGAAGGUGGUUCCCGUUGUCACUAAAUUUAGCACAGUAAUUCCGGUUAACACGAAAGCGGGACGAUGUGAAAUCCUCAGUCGGAUAGAGUCGGUACAAGCACGGAAAGUUGAGUGAAGAAACUGAAGAUGCAUGAAGACACGCGGAUCAAUUUAGCUCAGAUUCAUUGAAAGGAUACCAAAAUGGCGAUACAUAAAGAAAUAGACUUUUCAAGUGACAAUGGAUUUUGUAAAAUGAUAGCAUUGCUGUUCAGAUUUGUUAUAACAGAUAUGUGUUCUAUCAAGUCUGAACACUCUGAUUCCUCUGAGGGUGACAUAUCUCCGUAUACGAUGGAGUUCAUGCAUGGCUUAUCCAAAUUAUAUGAGUUCACGAUCUCGAUAACAACGGUGCAUACCGUUUCACAGGCUCCUACGUAUUCCCUUACAGAAUUUAAAAAGAGAAAUAUAUCUAAUGCUGAGACAGUAAGUGCCGAUGAUGAAUAUACCACGUCCAUAUUGGUAUUUGGCAUACAGAACGGAAGUAUCGGUUAUGAUAAUGCAAACUAUAAUAGUACAAGUGAUUCUCACAAAAGUGAUUCUCACACGAGUACCAUUGUUGGAGUUGAAAGAAAAACUAUUACAGAGGAAUUUCACGGUAAGAAAGUAUUCAGCAAGUCUUUCGGAGGUUUUUCGGUGGAUGUAUAUAAGAGUGCAAUUUCGAUACACGGAAGAGGAUUUCAACAAGGAACGAGAGAUGUUCAUGUGCUCUUAAAGUCAAGGGUAGAAUUUACGCCAAAGCAAUUUGCAGUCAUAAAAGAGGAAUUGAACGCAGCACUCGGAAGGGUAUCUUCCCGACUUGGAAAGCAUUUUAAUGAAAAUGAAUUAAACAAAUUAUCUGGCCGAACACCGCUUAACGGGGACAGAUUUGAACACGUGUAUCAUAACAAUGAAGAGAUGAGUUUGGAACAACGGCGGCGUAGUUCUUUUAUAUUCUGGGAUUUCUUAAGAACUCCUAUACAACAAUUGGUUGAAGCCGGAUUUUAUGGGACGGAUCGAAUUUCGCAAUUAGUGGCUUGUUUUUCGUGUGGACAAUCUUUGAAUGUCGCUGAACUAAACGGUCGUCAUCCGUUGGUAGUGCAUAGAGAAAUAUCACCACAUUGCCAAUUUCUGCAAUCUGAUGACGUCAGAAGGACAUUAAACAAUAUCCAAUCGCAAAAAUUAGAACCGUUAACUGCCAAUGCAACACCCCCAAGUGGUACCUCUUCGUCCAUCUGUCAGACGACGAACGAAAUCAAUGACGUUUCCUCUAAGGGAGGAAUAUCCGGCAGAAGUCUCCAACAGUCACAGAAAAUCACAAUCGGGGAUCAAAAUGGGGAAAAUGUAGAGAAUAGUCUCCAUUCUGAUAGACCACCGAAGUCACAUAUAUCACAACCAUCUGAUGAUAUAACGAACGGAAAUGAUUUACAAACUGAUUCGUUGUUGAUCGGGAACAACCAGAUUCCAUGUAACACGAAAAAUAUGCAUCUACAACCUCAUCCUGAACGAGGUGGUCUUGUCUCGCGGAACGAGGGCACCAUCAACAAUGAACAUUUACAGGGAAUCAUCGAAGGAGCGGCGGCAGCUGCUGCCCCGUUAUCGGUGGCCCAGGAUUCGUUUACUCCACCUCCACGAAAUCCUCUGUACGAACAGGAGUCUGCCAGGCGACAGAGCUUCAACUCUUGGAAUGGUCGACAUGACAUUGAUAGCCUGGUCGAAGCUGGUCUUUUCUAUACAGGGGACCAGGAUAUUGUCAGGUGUUUCCAUUGUGAUAUUGGACUUGCUGAGUGGAACAGAGAUGAUGAUCCCUGGCAGGAGCAUGCGCGACAUAGCCACGAAUGUCACUUCCUGUUACAGACCAAAGGUCAAGCCUACGUCGACCAUGUACAAAGGGAAUGGGCGAAGGUUUAUUCACCAAAACGUCCAGAACUUUCUCAUGUUAACCAAAGACUGGAAACCUUCAACGACUGGCCAAAUGACUUUGUCGUGCAAACACCUCGACAGCUAGCUAUAGCAGGAUUCUACUAUGCUGGCAUGACGGAUACAGUUCGCUGCCACUACUGUGAUGGCGGACUCAGAGAGUGGGAACCCGGUGAUGUCCCUUGGGUGGAACACGCGAAGUGGUUCCCUCAUUGCAAGUUUGUUCUCAAGAUCAAGGGGCUGCCGUUCAUUGAACAGUGUGUAGCUCGCAGAAACGAGGUUCUAGAAGAUCCCAUUCCAAACAAUGAACAAAUACAGAAUGAUGCAUUACAAAGAUUCAUAGCCCCCAUUAGCAACGAGGAGAGAUAUCGCGCAAAGGAGGAAAAAAACCCGAUGUAUACUGCCGCUGCCCAGGCGAUCAUCGCAAUGGGAUACACGAGAGCUGUUGUCGCCAAAUGCAUCAAUGAAUAUAUAGCGCAUACUGGUCAUAAGAACUUUGAUGCCAUGGACUUAAUGAAUGUCAUACUCGAGAGGGAAGAUGAAGGUGGAUCCUUGUCAAGGGAUGAAAAUCCAGGGAGAAAUGAAAUAAAUGACGAGGACGGUUUUCAAUAUGAUGCUCCAGCUUUGCUCAAAAUGAAUAAAACACUGAAAAAUGAGCAGCUGUGUAUAGAAUGCAUGAGCAGGGGGAGACAAGUCCGGUUCGCACCUUGUGGCCACUAUUUGCUGUGUAAUCUGUGUGCCGCACAGCUUACGGAAUGUUUACGAUGUGGUGAAAAAAUACAGACCAAACAAAAGAUUUAUCUAAGUUGAGAAUUGCCGGACUAUUUUGGUCAGUGUUAACUCAAUGGACUUUUUAUUCAAUACCUUCGGACGAUAUAUAGCAUAUAUGUGACGUAACCCAGUCUAUGUGUGAUUCAUCGCACCUACUAAGCGAUCCUUAACAGUUUCUGAUAUAACACAGGACCUGGCAUCAUAAACAUAACACGUGACCUCGUCAUCAUAACAGUGUCCGAGUUAUAUGUCUGACAAAUACACAGGGCUUCGUUACCAUUUACGAUGACCAGUCAUGCUGUAACCUUUACCUAAUCUUUUAUAAUUAGACACCUGAAACAUAAUCAAGAUCUGGAAUCACAUGAUUAUCCUUGGUAUAUUGAACGUAGGAGGAUGGUCCUGACCCACCAGCAUCAGCAGUAACCUAAAUUCAAUUUUUAGCGAAAACAUUUUAGAAGCGUACGAUUUCGAUAUAUUAUGUUGUGUCGGAACAUUUUGGAAAGGUAAUAAUUUCGGGUUGAAUACUUGUUUGUCAUUUCCGCCUCGAUUGUGAAUAUAUAUCAAAUUUGAUAGAACAAUUAAGGACCAUUAUUAUCACUAAAAACCCGAGUCUUAGAUUCGAUUAACAGGAUUUCAUCUUUCGCAAGCAAAUUAAUAUGGAAUAUACAGCAAGAAGAAAAUUUGAGGAAAUAUUUGUAACUGGACGAAUGCUGUCGAUUUGAAGUUGACUGUAUCGCAACCAGACGCUACAGACUUGUUAUUUGUAAUACUGUAUAGUGUCCGUCCGGUACCGUCCGUCCGGUACCACCCGGACUUUUAUCCCCAUUUAGAUAUCCUUUAAAAUAUUGUUACAUGAAUAGACAUUCAGAGAUUUAGCUGCGGGAAAUUUGUUAUUUUUUGUUAUUUUGAUCGUAUAGUUUGCUUAACCAAAGCUAAUUAGUUUUAUACUGUUAUGAAAAGAGUAUGAAAAAAAAAUUAUAGGCCACGCCCCCUAACAGAGAAUGUAGUGAUCCGGUUGUAGAAGAAUUAAGAAUUUAUAUUGAAAACUGGUUGAAUUAUUGGAGAAUUAAAUUCGAGGUAUUUAUAGUUGGUAUAGAUCCUGUCCCUAGUAGAGCAUGCACUUAGACGUUAUAGAACGCGUUGUUGAAAGUAUCAUAAAACAUCAUUGAAAAUUGGUUGAAUUCCAGCGAUUUUGAUACCCGUCAAAUUAUAAUUGAUGUGGAGCUAUAUAUAGACCUUCCUUCCUACCUUACAGAACAGGUAAUGCUGAGAGUUUGACAGCUACAAUAUUAAUUGCAAAUAGCAAGCUUUAGGGCAUGACAUUUUCCCGUCGUCUGUAUUUUAGUCUGGCCCAAAUUUAGUUCUAUUCAUGGGAGCUGUAAUAUUAGCAGUAUCAGCUGUUCUUUCCAUCGAUAUAUGAUACAAAUGUAUUGUGGCAGUAAAGAGCUUGAAAUAGCCUAUUGAGUUCGACUGGUAAGGUUUGUCAUUGCAACGGCUUUGUUAGAUAUUAACAGACGCGAUAAACGAAACUUGUAACAAUCUUAAAAACAAUUAUUUCACUAUUGUAAGGAAAUUACUACCCAGAUAUGCAUGUUUUAUAUAUCAAUGGAAAAUUAAACAUGAUUCAUACGUUUGUUAAUUAUGCAGUUAAAGGUAUUGACUGAUGUUAUGUAGGGAUGAAUCCAAUAAAUAAUUAUGUAUUUUCGGAAGCAUUCGACAAGAAAACGUUUUCUCUAGACUUUUUAACAUAUAUUUGCAUGGAUCCUUUAUGUUGAAAAAACUGCAUAACAAAUAACACAAUUACCAACUACCUGUGAAUAUAAAAUUAAACACUAAUUUUAACCAUACACUCAUCUUGUUUUGACUUCGAAGUGGGAACCGGAAAUGACGCAAAUUAAAACAUCCGUUGCCGUUACUAGUUAAUUUCACGAAAGGGGCUAAUAUUUUUACAUUUUUCACGAGAGCGCAACACUCCAUCAACACAGACACUAUGUCUAGAAAAUCAAUGUUAUUAUGGCCUCAUGAAUAUUGAACACAAUCAUUUUUUAUUUACAUAUUUACAUUAUGAUUAUUUUUGUAUCUAUUAAAAGAACCGAAUAAUAAAAAAUGCAUUUUUUCAUGUUUUACCAAGGAGUGACGUCGGAGAGAGAACAGCCGUUUUCGCGGGAAAGUGUGAGACAGUUCUUGGCACGGUCUUAGCAACUGUCAUACCAACAACACAAACAAAUUGUAGCUCCAACCAUAAUACUUAUUCUGUGAAAUUUUUGAAGUGAUUUUUAUGUUAUGAACAUUUAGGAGACCGUAACAAUACCGGAUUUAUGUAAAUAAUACAUUGAUCGAGUUUAUUUAAAACAAUACGAGAAGAAGAAUAAAAUCGACGGCGGAGAGUACUACCCGUGGUAACGCGAUCCCCGACAUUACUACACACUGUAAUGAGGCUAAUGUUGUUGUGAAAAAUGAAUUCAAGCAUACUGAAUGUAAAUAUCAAUACACAGUUACUACAUAUGAUAAUUAAAACACUAUCUGACCAAGUGUAAUAUACAUAUACUAGUAUGCUAAUAUAGCAAAUAGUAAAAAUUUGGCAGAGUAUACACUAAUAUAUAUAGUGUAGAUUAAAACUCAUUAUCAGGCAUAAGUAUAAUAUAUUCAAUUAUGAUCAAGCUAGAUAAAUUGAUGCUCAAAACAUAAUCAAAUCAGCAAUAUAAAGAUAAGUGCCUAAAUAGAACGAAACGAAAGUAGGAGACAAAGCACAUCAAAACAUAUGAGGCUAUAGCAGUGCAUAACACAUUUAAAUCUCUGAUAAGGGGAGAUAAUUGACGGUUGCACUUUUUUCAAUCUAUCGGACACUAUCCCAACUAAAAUUCCAUACUUAACGUUAAAAAGACUAAUAGGUCUCCAGUUUUUUUGAAUUAGACUUUUCCCCUCUUUUUUUAUAAAUAAGACUGAUUACACCCAGUUUCAGCGACCUACAAAGCUCUCCCUUUACCUAGAUUCCACUUAUUAAUUGCAAUAUGAUACUUUUUAAUUCAGAAAAGAACUUUCUAUUAAACUCUACAGUUAACCCGUCCUGGCCCGGACUUUUAUUACUAGCCAUGCCCAUUAAGGAUACCUCAAAAUCACCACCUGACACAAUAGCCUCUAAGGACUUCUUGUCCUCCCUUGAUACUUUUUUUUAUCAACACUGUUUAAAAUUCAUCUAUUUCAUCGUCAUCAACUGUGACACAAGAAUACAGCUUGUAGUAAAAAAUUGUAAAUUUCAUCUAACAAAUCUCUUGUUUGAUGCACCAAAUCACCAUUAACAGUUUCUAGUAAUUUGAUAGUAUUAAUGUUUUGUCUAUGUUUUUCCAAGCGGAGAAAAUAAGACGUGCCUCUGUCAAUUUCUAUUGCCCACUUAGCAUUAGACCGUAGAGUGGCUCCCUUACGUUUUUCUUCCUCCAAGACCUAUAAUUCAGCCUUGACCUUAUGUAUUUUUUUCUACAAGCACAGGGUUAUCGGAGCCGGCUAACUUGGCAGAAAGGUCACUAAGCUUGUUUUGUAUUUUAUAAUUGUUAAAUUAUUGACUUGUACACGAGGUUGUUUUACUCAAGUAUUAAACUAACUUAGGAAAUAUAGAUCUACAAGAUGUUGAAUUGUAAAGUUUAUUUUGUUAUUGAAAUGUUGUGACAAUAACUAGUUCAUAAAAAAAUACAAGUCCUUUACUAACAUAGAAUGCUAUAAAUAGCUUGGCUGUGAUAUUCUGUACAUUUGUACUUAUACGCUACCAUUUACAGUAAUUGUUACAUAUUCAAUAAUUAGAAGAGACGGAGAGUGAGAGACCAUUGUGACUCUGUAUCUGAAGUACUGAAAUCAUAUGUAUUGAACUUGUA